AUGAAAAACGGAAAUCGUUUGGUGCCCUUAAUCAAGGAGAUAAUUGAGUUAGUAACGAAUGAAGUUGUGAAUAACCUAAAGACAGUACAAGUAAAAUAUCGGAGACCUCGGUUGUGUUAUAAUUGUCGAAAACCAGGUCAUCUUGCCAAGUCUUGUACGAAAGAAUGUCGAAUUGGUAAUGGUUGCGCUGAUGUGAGGUGGAUGGAUGCUGAAAUUAAUGGAGAAAGAAUUGAACAUGUGAAGGAGAAAGGUAAAAUCGGUGAUAGCAUAAGAGGAACAUUUGUGAAAAUAAAUGAAAAAGCAGCGAAAGCAUCGAUUAGAUUUAGCUCGAGCGUGAAUAAAAUGAGCAUGAAGUAUGCAAAGGGGAAAGGUCUUACUUGGAAAUGGUUAGAUAAGAAAAGAAUUCCUAGUAAUAAUACAAACAAUGAGUUUGUUGGAUACAUCCCUGAUGUUAAAGUAGAUGUAUGUGAUGUUAGUAUAUAUCAAACAUUUUAUGUUGUACGUACUUUGACCCCUAAUAUAGUCCUUGGAAUGCCGUGGAUCGCGAAAUCUAGCUGCAAUAUUCAAUGGAAAAAUGGACAGUGCCAUUAUGCGAUCGAAUCAGGCCUUAAAAAAGCAACAUUCAUAAUGAACGAUCAACUUGCAAAAGGUGAGAAGGUAGAUAAUGAAAAUAACGAUGGAAUGGAAAACGAUUUAGUAGAUGUUAGGUGUGUUCAAAGUGAAUUGAUGAAAAAUGAUGAUGGUAAAAAGAAGAAGAGGAUCGUUAGUGUGAUGAAUAAAAGGGUGACAAAUCAAACGAAAGGUUUGAAUUUCAAGAAUAUACCUAUAGACGAAUCCUGUGAUGAAGAAUCUUGCCGUGAUAAACAUCAUGUAUAUGAUUGUGAAUCGAUGAUGGAGACCGAAAAGGGUGAAAAAGACAUUACAGACAUGAGGAGUACGGUGAAUGAAUUGGAGAAGAACGGAACAAAGGGUGAAGAGACAGGAGUGAAAAAUGAUGAAGUAACGAUGUGUGGAAUAGAUGUUCAUAUGAAUAAUGAAAAAGAAGAGGACAUUAUUAAGAUAUUUGGGGACAAAGCGACACAAGAAAACGAAAUUUUACCUGACGUUGAAUCCAGAGGAUCUAGCUCAGAUGGUAGAGCUAAAACCGAUAAUAGAGUUGUGAAUGGUGAAGGCAAAACUCUGAAUAACGACUGCCGUAAUUCACUUAUGGAGCAAUGGGUGAAAAAGCGUAUGAUGUUUAUGAAUAAUCGGAUCAGGGAUCCUGCGUGGCUACGAAAUUCUGAACAUCGAUUGAUCAAGAUGUAUGGUAUUACAACAGUCAUGAAUCGAAAAGUAGAUUGGAAUCAUGCUGUGUCGUGUGAUGGUGAAAAGGUCGAAUUUCUCAAACGAUUGUAUUUGGACCAUAUAAUAGGGAAUGAUGGAUUG